AUGCUUGCAUUCGCGCAGGACUUGCGUGUUCGUAACCCUGCGAGUAUUGCAUGGAAGAAGUGGUCCGAGGAGAGGGAAAAGGAGAUAGAGGAGUACCGUGCAAGGAAGGCUGAAGAGGAUGGAAGGAAGGCUACGGAGGAGGCUGAGAGAGCUGAGAUGCAAUGCUUGAACGAUACUAUUGCCUCAUUAUGUGCUAAGAUUGGAUGCACCGGGAACUGGCAAGCAGAUGUGGGCCGUGCUAAGUACGCGGAGAAUAUGAUAUUAGGGCGGGACGCUGCAGUUGGUGGCACCGCUAGCCGUCCGAUUGUGGUCGAAGAGGAGGCCGAGGCGGAGGAAGAUGACGACACCGGAAGGAUAGGCGACCUCAUUCGUCUUGCCGAGGAAUUGGGGUACCCUCAGGACGAGCAUGACUAUGAAAUGGGAAGGAUAGGCGACCUACUUCGUCUUGCAGAGGAGGGUGAGGCGUCAGGACCGAUGCCUCUCGGUGCCUUAGAGGAGGGUGAGGUUGCAUACCACAACCAGAAGACAUCGGUCUACGAGUCAUGGUGGCCAACAGACAUGACCGAGGAAGAGGGACAGUUAUACUCUCAGGCGGCAGAAGAGGCGGAGGCAGCUUACUACGAGAGAUAG